AUGACUGUCAGUGAAACAGUACCAAAUGUAUUUCGUCAAUUGGAAACAAUUUUGCUUGAUGGAAAUUAUUAUGAUGAGAAGCUAUAUGAUUUAUUGAAGAUUGUUCAUGAUCAAUUACAAGAGAUCGAAAAAAAAUCAAAUUCGAUGUCGAUUGAUGAAAAACAACAAUUUCUUUUCAUGUUUCAAUCAUUUGAAGUAAAUUUAUUACGUCAAUUUUUUAUUCAAUUCUCGUCGAAAAUAUCUUCAUCAUUUGUUUCUACUCUUUUGGAUAUUAUUCGUCUUCAAUUGAUUAUUGAUAUGGAAACAAAUUCGUUGAUGAGUGAUUGUUAUUUUAAAAUUUCACUUAUUUGGUUAACAACUGAUUCAACAAUUAAUUAUCUCACUGAAAAAAAAUUUUCAAUAUCAAAUGAAUCUAGUAUCGAUGAACAACUUUUUAAUUUAUUCUGUUAUAUUGGUUCACGAGCUGUUUAUUAUAAAACAAGUGGUUCUUCAUCAAUGUGUGUUUCACGAAAAACGACGCCAACAUUUUUUGAAUUGACCAAUACUACUGAUCGUCUUCUUCGAGCAUUUAUAAUCUAUUUGAAUAGUUAUUUUUUAGAUGAUCGUCAACAUUCAGAAAGUGAUAUUUUGAUCUUGAAAUGGUUACUUAACAUGGCAGAUAUUUAUGGAUUUAUUCCGUAUUUUGUUAAAACAGGUUAUCCUGAAGCUAUACUCGAAUAG